AAAAGAUGAAAGGAUUCUUCUGGAGACUGGUCAUAAUCAGUAUUACAGGAUGUGUAGCUUACGUUCUCUAUAACUUGCCAUACUUUGAGUAUAGUGAGUGAUAUAGACUCAACCCGUCAGUCGACAUGGAUAAAUAUAUGCUAAACAGAUUGAAUAACGAAAUCAGGAGACCUAUAACUCGGCUCACCAGUUCGAGAUUUUUCAGAUACUUCAGAGUCAACAAAGAUUCUGAGUGUACUGUUCUCAAGCCUCAGAAGGGAUGCAAGACUGUAGAGUGUAGCAUCACUAAAGCAAAUAAUAGGAAACUCGAAAAAGAUUGGAAAAUGGGCACAAAUCUGUAUCCAAUCACCAAUGCUGUCAAGGAUGAUCUAAGCCAAUCAGCAACAACAGAAGCAAAUCAGCAACAAGAACAUCUCCAAUGGAUGGAACUUGAGGACCAAGAUUUCCCUUUUGUAGACUUAGAAUUAAGCAAACAAAAUGAUGCAGCGUAUAAUGGAAGCAACAUAUGGCGUAAAAUGCAUCAAGAAAGUGCUAAAAGAACUGACUCCAUGUCCAAGCUUAUCAGUGGCUUGCAUUCAGCAACGAGCAUGCAUUUAUCCCAAUAUUUCUUUGGAGGAGAACCAGAUUACCAUUAUCCAAAUCAUACAGACUUUAAUAGAAGAGUUGGGUUCCACAAAGAUAGGUUAUCCAACAUGUACCAUCUUUACCAUUUCCUUCUUUCAGCUUAUGGAAAAAUGAGGCUAGACAUUGCUGCUGAUGAAUUCAUUUACACUCACAAUAACAAGACAGAGAAUGAUUUAGUCAAAAGGGCAUUAAAGAUGUUCGACUCUAUCUUUAUCUCAACUGAAUUUGUACCUUUGACUGAAGACGAGAUCUACCAUACUGAUGACAAAUCAGAUUUCAUCCAGAAGGCUAAGCCAUCUUUCCAAGCUCUUGCACAAUUAGUUGACUGUAUCCCUUGAGAUAAGUGUAAGGUUCACGCGAAGUUAGAGCUAUCCGGACUUUCAGCUGCAUUCAAACUGAUUUACCCCGAAGCAGGUCUUCAGAACCUCUCAAGGAACGAACUGGUUGGGUUCUUUAACCUCCUAAAAAAAGUGUCUAGCUCAAUUGAAAUGUAUGGAAGAUGGAUCCAUUUUGAAAAUUCAAUAAUGUAUAGCAAGCAGGUCAUGCUAUAUGCAAUUAUUGGAAUCAUGAGUUUGCUUUCCAUCGUCCUAUUCAUCAUCGUCGGGUUAAUUGCUCCAGGCAAAGAUAUGACCCCUAAAUCCAAGGGGUAUAAGAGACCAAAGGGAUUCAAAGAAGCUUAA